CGGCUCCAGCUGGCUCAACAGACAGCCAGUGGCGUGCGGCAGGGACCAAUGGGUGGCGGAGGGAGGCGGGGCCUGCCACGAGGCUGCAGUAUAACCGCGUGGCCCGCGCGCGCGCUUCCCUCCCGGCGCGGUCACCGGCGCGGGCUAUGGCUGCGACUUCUCUAAUGUCCGCUUUGGCUGCUCGGCUGCUGCAGCCCGCGCACAGCUGCUCCCUUCGCCUUCGCCCUUUCCACCUCGCGGCAGUUCGAAAUGAAGCUGUUGUCAUUUCUGGAAGGAAACUGGCCCAGCAGAUCAAGCAGGAAGUGCGGCAGGAGGUAGAAGAGUGGGUGGCCUCAGGCAACAAACAGCCACACCUGAGCGUGAUCCUGGUUGGCGAGAAUCCUGCAAGUCACUCCUACGUUCUCAACAAAACCAGGGCAGCUGCAGAUGUGGGAAUCAACAGUGAGACAAUUGUGAAACCAGCUUCAAUUUCAGAGGAAGAAUUGUUGAAUUUAAUCAAUAAACUGAAUAAUGAUGAUAAUGUAGAUGGCCUCCUUGUUCAGCUGCCUCUUCCAGAGCAUAUUGAUGAGAGAAGGAUCUGCAAUGCUGUUUCUCCAGACAAGGAUGUUGAUGGCUUUCAUGUAAUUAAUGUAGGACGAAUGUGUUUGGAUCAGUAUUCCAUGUUACCGGCUACCCCAUGGGGUGUGUGGGAAAUAAUCAAGCGAACUGGCAUUCCAACCCUAGGGAAGAAUGUGGUUGUGGCUGGAAGGUCAAAAAAUGUUGGAAUGCCCAUUGCAAUGUUACUACACACAGAUGGGGCGCAUGAACGUCCCGGAGGUGAUGCCACUGUUACAAUAUCUCAUCGAUAUACUCCCAAAGAGCAGUUGAAGAAACAUACAAUUCUUGCAGAUAUUGUAAUAUCUGCUGCAGGUAUUCCAAAUCUGAUCACAGCAGAUAUGAUCAAGGCAGGAGCAGCAGUCAUUGAUGUGGGAAUAAAUAGAGUUCACGAUCCUAUAACUGCCAAAUCCAAGUUGGUUGGAGAUGUGGAUUUUGAAGGAGUCAGACAAAAAGCCGGGUAUAUCACUCCAGUUCCUGGAGGUGUUGGCCCCAUGACAGUGGCAAUGCUAAUGAAGAAUACCAUUAUUGCUGCAAAAAAGGUGCUGAGGCUUGAAGAGCGAGAAGUGCUGAAGUCUAAAGAGCUUGGGGUAGCCACUAAUUAACUAUUGUGUCUUCUGUGUCACAAACAGCACUCCAGGCCAGCUCAAGAAGCAAAGCAGGCCAAUAGAAAUGCAAUAUUUUUAAUUUAUUCUACUGAAAUGGUUUAAAAUGAUGCCUUGUAUUUAUUGAAAGCUUAAAUGGGUGGAUGUUUCUGCACAUACCUCUGCAGUACCUCACCAGGGAGCAUUCCAGUAUCAUGCAGGGUCCUGUGAUCUAGCCAGGAGCAGCCAUUAACCUAGUGAUUAAUAUGGGAGACAUUACCAUAUGGAGGAUGGAUGCUUCACUUUGUCAAGCACCUCAGUUACACAUUCGCCUUUUCUAGGAUUGCAUUUCCCAAGUGCUAUUGCAAUAACAGUUGAUACUCAUUUUAGGUACCAAACCUUUUGAGUUCAACUGAUCAAACCAAAGGAAAAGUGUUGCUAGAGAAAAUUAGGGAAAAGGUGAAAAAGAAAAAAUGGUAGUAAUUGAGCAGAAAAAAAAUUAAUUUAUAUAUGUAUUGAUUGGUAACCAGAUUUAUCUAAGUAGAACUGAAUUGGCUAGGAAAAAAGAAAAACUACGUGUUAAUCAUUUUCCUAAGCUGUCUUUUUGAGGCAUAGUCAGUUAUUGGGAAAAUGUUUAGGAUUAUUCCUUGCUAUUAGUACUCAUUUUAUGUAUGUUACCCUUCAGUAAGUUCUCCCCAUUUUAGUUUUCUAGGAUUGAAAGGAUUCUUUUCUACAUUAUACAUGUGUGUUGUCAUAUUUGGCUUUUGCUAUAUACUUUAACUUCAUUGUUAAAUUUUUGUAUUGUAUAGUUUCUUUGGUGUAUCUUAAAACCUAUUUUUGAAAAACAAACUUGGUUUGAUAAUCAUUUGGGCAGCUUGGGUAAGUAUGCAACUUACUUUUCCACCAAAGAACUGUCAGCAGCUGCCUGCUUUUCUGUGAUGUAUGUACCCUGUUGACUUUUCCAGAAAUUUUUUAAGAGUUUGAGUUAAUAUUGAAUUUAAUCAGACUUUCCGAUUAAAGGGUUUUCUUUCUUUUUUAUAAAACA